UGGACGAUUACCAAGUUGCUUAUAUUUUUUUCCUCUCUCGAUUAAUUUUGUACACCUGUUGUAUAUAGUAGAAUAGUAUUGUUAAUAAACGGAGUUCAUCGAGUAGCGCGUUGAUUUUUUACGAAUAUUAGUUCCUUUUUGAAUCGAGUGGUUUCGUUAUUCGGCGCAAUUCGGCGUUGGACGCGUCGGUAAGGUAGAGCGGUGUCAUGGCGGCGGAACAAUGACAGAGAAGCCAGUGUUCGGAGAGGAACAGACCGUGCCAGUCAGGAUGUGGAGUAUAAUCCGUUCCUUCAAGUUUAUCGCAGUGGGGCUGAUGAUCGUCCUCCUCAUCGUGCAAAACGCCAUGUAUCACCGAAAGGCCCAAGAGUUGCAAAAAUUCACGGAGACGAUUAAGCGAACCGUCCUCGACAUGUACAAUAAUUCGAGGAACUUGAACUCGUCCCUGAAAAUGGAGCAGUUAGACUCGAAUUACAAGGUGACUAUUUAUGCCAUUACCCCUACGUUUUCGAGGCCGGUGCAAAAAGCGGAACUAACAAGACUGGCGCAAGCUUUCAUGCAAGUGUUCAAUUUUCACUGGAUAGUGGUGGAAGACUCCUGGAAAAGAACGAAAUUGGUGACGAAUUUCCUGAAGAACAGCGGCCUGAGAUACACGCAUCUUGCCGUGCCCACUCCUCCCAGCUAUAAACUGGGAAAGAGCGAUCCUAACUGGAAGAAGCCUCGUGGAGUGGAACAGCGAAAUGCAGGACUGCAAUGGCUCAGGGAAAACCUGACUGAAUUUCACGACGGCGUCGUUUAUUUCGCCGACGAUGACAAUACGUACUCGUUGAUGCUGUUUCGAGAGAUGAGGAAAAUCAAGACCGUCGGGGUUUGGCCGGUGGGCUUGGUCGGCGGCCUCGCCGUUGAAAGGCCAAUUUGUGACAAUGCAACUGGCAAGGUUGUCGGGUUUAAUGCAGUCUGGAAACCUGAUCGUCCAUUUCCUCUGGACAUGGCGGGAUUCGCGAUCAAUCUUAAAUUGAUUUUGGAGAACAAGGACGCGUACUUCUCUUAUGAGGUGCAGGGUGGUUAUCAGGAGAGCGAGAUACUUCGGCAGAUAGUCACCAGGGAUCGCCUGGAACCGCUGGCUGAUUGUUGUACAAAGGUCUACGUCUGGCACACGCGAACGGAGCCGCCUCAGCUGCACACCGAGCAACUGCUGAUAAGGAAAGGGAAGCCUUCGAAUGCAGGAAUUGAAGUGUGAUAAAUCAACUCCAGCGAAGCUUAAAGAUUCCACUUUAGAUCGAGCUAAGUCGAGCUCGUUUACUAAGGAAACACCAGUGCCAUGGAUUAUUUUCGUAGAGCGCUUUUGCAUCUCAUCCUCGUUACGGGUUUGAUAUAUCUCGGACGGAUCCUCAAAUAAAUUGCGGCACUUGUCCGGGGAUAAUCCCCAGUGUAAUUCAGAAAUGUAGGAAUAAGUUCGCGUACUUGAUAUACUCCCGAAUUGUAGGCGUAAAAUCUUUUUUGUUCUUACGCCGCUUACUUGCUAUUAAACAUUUUUUGUACGUACAA